AUUUUUUUUUUGCAUUCAUUUUUGUGGAGGAGCACAACUUCUUUGUUCUCCGUUCUCCGAAUCUUCGUUGAAUAGACCCAGUACGUCAGCCGUGGAAUUAACUUACGGUAUGAUGUGCGAAGCCUUCUGGCUUUAUUUACGACUGCCAGUCACGACACGCGACCCGAUCAUCAAUAUCAAUAUUGGUCGAUCCCCAAUGUCAUCAAGUGCCCACUAGAACAAACAAAGAUAAAUCUUCAACGAGGUGUCGACACUGCAACUUGCUCUCGGAUUCCAUCCAUCACUACAAUGGCUACCUCUACCGACGACAAGGUUCCUCAAAGCACGUCCUCUAGCCCUCUAAUUGACUUGGAGAAAUCUUUUGUCGAUGCACAUGCUACUAGUCUUCUCUUGGAGUCGCUUUCCAUAGACUCAUUAUCAACAGUAUCUUCAGAAUCUAAUAUCCCGCCGUUCCCUCCUGGAUGCAUGAUACCUAUGUCGACAAUUCUCAGCGUAUCCGUCAAGGCGGGCGAACAUAACGCGACCAUCACCGUCCCUACUCCUCCCCGCCUUCGUACGAUGUUGAAGGAAAACCUGUGCAUCAAGAAGUGGGCAGAAAAUCUUUCUCCUGAAACUAUCGCACCGGGUCACACGCCCUGGGGGGAUCCGGAAUGUGUAGAUGCGCCAGCUUGGAAACCUGAAGGCUCGAUGUACUCACCUGAAGAGUUCAAGGAAUCUCUUCAAAGCAAGCAUCGCGUUUAUGAUUCUACUCCGCCAGCUCCUCGGGCAUCUACACGAACCUCCAUUCGCAAAUCCACGUACCAUCGGGAUGCUUUGGUGUUUGAACGCGAAAUCACGCUCAGAACAGAAGGCGAGACGAAACGCUGGUCGGUUCAGAUUCCCGCCAACACCAUGAAGCCCGACGUGGUCGACAUGAUGCUGCAACUACGCGACUUGAACAAAUAUUUCUCUGACACCCCUUCUCCUGAAGAGGACGCCGUCGACGUGCCUCCCUCACCUCCAUCUCUAAUGGUCUCCAAUUCUCACUUUGCCAUACCUAUAUCUCUUGAUUCCUCAAGAACUAUCAACUCUAAAGCUGGUGCACCCACUUCUAUAGCGAUUCGGCGGCAGAAAUCGCUCCCACCGCCGCUCUCCUUAAGCGACAACAAAAUGAAAGACAUCAUAUACCCUGACAUUCCUACUGCAUUUUUGGGAACACCCUCGUACGCUCCUAACUUUGAUUCAGCCGGCGUCGCCAACGAAUCUAUGAACCUCCAGGACAUGGUUGGAAGUCUGCGGUCACGAUGUGUGUCUCUUCAAGUCAAGACCCCACUGGACGAUGGCUUCACCAGUGUACAGGCCGAUGAGACGCUCGAUGAUGAAUGGGCUUUCGCGAACACAUUAAAGAAACCUUUCUUUUCGCCUCCCUCAGAUUGCUGUGAUACAAUGGCCCCUUCACAAGACGAUUCAUUUGCACUCGUCGCAGGCGAUCAAACUGUGCUGCUCGAUGAGACACUCGUCGGUAAUGAUAGUGUUAUGGUCAAGUCCCUUGAUCCUAAUAACUUCGAGUUUCGUGAACCGCCGUCUGUCGCCUCGGACUACCGUCCUCCUUCGUCACCUCUUCCUUCUUGCCCAUCUCCUACAGGCACUGUCUUGCCGCGCGGUAUACUCAAGCGGUGCAAAAGCGUCAGAUUUGCAUCCUCAAACCAGGAACACGAGGUUCAGGUGCAAAGCGAUGCAGCACCACGCCCUCACAAUUCAACGCUGACAACAGGCUCAUCUACGCCACCUGCCCCCCGUGCAACGAAGCGUCAUACGAUCUAUGCUCCUAUAAGCAGGAUGAUACCUCCACAGGAUAUUCCGUCUGGCACCGGACGUCAGAAGCCUGGGAGUAGUACUCGUUCUACAAUCAUGUCCUCUCCUCCUCGCGCGAUGUCGACACCACCCGUUGAGAAACGUCCAUCAUCUCUUCACUCCCCAGCAAAGACUAUGACCAGGCAUAGUCAACCUGUCUCUACAGGAGUAACGCCAACAACCGAGAAGCGCGCGUGCUCUCCAACUACGAUGACGACUCCAGAUGCAUUGCCCACGAAACCAAGACCUUCUCACACUUCACCCUUGGGUCGUUAUUCUUUUGGUCGUGCAGCAGUCAAUGCGCUUCAAGGAGGUGCUGCUAGUGGUAAGGAAAACAUGGCGAAAUCGAGGGCAUCGCUCUCUCCGGCAGGGAAUCUGUCGAAAUCAAUGAUCGAUGAGAAUUCAGUAAGACGUGGGGGCCAGCGUGAAGUGAAGAGUCGUUAUAUAGCUAUUAGCCUAUUCAUACACUGUACAAGUUGCCAAGAAUCACUAGCUUUUGAUACACCGAAGUUUCGGACCGCAAAGCACGGGAAAGAGGAAUGUACAAGCAACGCGAAGACAGACUAG